UUGAGCUGUUAGUUUCAGGCCGUCCCCAAAGAGGCGCGGUCACUAACAACAAAAAUGGCGAGGUACACUUUGAAACGUCAAAAAAUAUAUCAUGCAUUGUUUCUCUUCCUAUGUCUGUUUGUCACCGCUGAAGCGAGAAAGCAUAGACUGGAAAUAACAGAAGAUUAUCGCCGAUUCAUUGCCCUGAGCACCUUUGGAUUUUACAAAGGUGGCCAACUGGAGGUGAAGAUGGAGAAUUUCAUCUUGAAGCAAAACGGCCCGGAUAAACCAUUGUGUGGCUUCACUUUCGACCGAACUGUCAGUGAUGCGAUGAAUCCCUACUUGGAGAACCACCUUGACCGGUGUCCAUUAAGGGAGCGGGAAAGUCUGAGCCAGGACACGGUCACUUUCAUCAUGGACCUCAAUGAGAAGAGCCCAUUUCUUCGAGUGAAUUGCAGCAGUACUCUUCAAACGAUUCGCAUUUACAAGAAUAAGACAAUGAUUCCUACAAUUAAGGGCCAUACAAGUGACUCAACCUUGUUCAACCAGAGGAAAAGGAGGGAGAUGGGUCUACCAGUUGAAAAUGUUCCUCAUGAACCGGCAGCUUCUCCUGUAACAGAUUCAUCCACUUCGUGCUCUGACACUAUUAUUCCAAUUACUCGGAAUCGAAAUGGAGGGUCUUACAACAUUUACUUCAUCAUUGUAAUUGCUACUGAACAAGAUGAAGGCCUCUACAACUUCUACUACCACACCUGCCCUCGCAAUAUGGACGUUUAUGCAGCCAGCAGUUUCCUGAUUGAAUUGGAAGAGUUAAACAAAAACAACUACCUUUCUGCUGGAGAAAUGCCCCUUCCUGCCUUAUACUUCAUGAUGUCUCUUCUGUUCUUCCUCUCAGGAAGCUUUUGGGUUUUCAUCAUCAGCAAAAGCAAGCACCCUGUCUUCAAGAUCCACUACUUGAUGGCUGUCUUGGUUUAUUUGAAGUCCCUGUCCUUGCUGUUCCACAGCAUCAACUUCCACUUCAUUGAGAUCUCAGGCACUCACGUUGCCACCUGGGCUGUACUUUACUACAUCGCUCAUUUGCUGAAAGGAGCGGUUCUGUUCAUCACCAUCAUUUUGAUUGGAACUGGGUGGACCUUCAUCAAACACAUUCUGUCUGACAAAGACAAGAAAAUAUUCAUGAUCGUCAUUCCGCUGCAGGUGUUGGCCAAUGUUGCUGAAAUCAUCAUUGAAGAGUCUGAGGAAGGUGACAUUGAGUACCACACAUGGCGAGAUGUUUUCAUUCUAGUCGAUCUGCUCUGUUGCGGCGCUAUUCUCUUCCCUGUUGUAUGGUCUAUUCGGCACCUUCAGGAAGCGUCACAGACAGAUGGUAAAGCUGCGAUCAACUUGAGGAAACUCAAAGUCUUCCGACACUUCUACGUCAUGAUUGUUUGCUACAUAUAUUUUACCAGAAUCAUCGUUUAUCUUCUGAAGAUAACGGUGCCAUUCCAAUAUGAAUGGUUGGAUGAGAUGUUCCGUGAGAUGGCGACCUAUGUGUUUUUCGUUCUCACUGGAUACAAAUUUAGACCGGCCUCAGCCAAUCCUUACUUCCAGGUCCAGUAUGAUGAUGAUGAUGAAGAAGUUGAUAUAGUGGUGACACAAAGCGGUCUCACUGAAGGGCUUACAAAUUUGGCCAGACUGAAAGCCCAUUCUUCGACAGUAGAUUCAGGAGACGAGGAAGAAAAGGAUAAUCUUCUUUCCAAGAGAGAAAGUAGUCAUGAGUACGACUGAAAGUUUAAUUAUUGGACUGUGAGGUAGGUUAGUAAGAGCAAUGCAAUCUUUAAUUAUAUGCGUAAAAAGCUUGUAAUUGAAUACACAUGAUCCAAAAGAAACCUGGAAUCAACAUUCUAGGCUGAAAUUAACCCAAACAACUAAAUAGCAAUUUUUAUCACACCAUCGUAUUAUAAUGUAAAGUACUUUUGAACAUAGUAACUUAAUUCAACAAGCACCAACGUUAUUAUCUAUACAGUCACGCACGUUCCAUGCUCACAACAAACAAUUUUUAGGGUGUAUAGGGAUGACACAAUGAUAACUGCUCUUUCAUCAUUAAAAUGUGAAAAUGCAAUUUAAGAAGCCAUUCAAACAGGCUCUAACCUACACAGUGCUUUAUUAAAAAGUAUAGUCUUAAAUUUUUAUAUUCUCGCUUAAUAAUGAUCCAGUCAUGAGUGCAGGUUUGAAUGAAACAUGUUUCCAAAUUUGAGAGGUGAGCGAUAUGUAUGUUGAAUAUUUUGUGUCUGGUUGCACUGAAUAGUAAUGUUCCAAUUAUUGUAAUGAUUUUAUUUCCACUUUGAUUGUAUAAUGUGUCUAGAAACUGAAAUAUUAUAAAUUUUGAAAAAUCA